AUCAGUUGAAACGAGGAGCACGCGCAAAAUUGUUGCCGGAAGCUUUUUUGUCAUAAAGACGAGGCUGUUAUUGUUUCGACACAUGCAUGCAUGUAAUCGGCGGGCAAAAUACAGCAAAUGUCGCCUGAUGAGUCUUGCCUUGAAUUGGAAAAAUACGUUCGGAAGAGCGUUGAAAAUUUAUUCUCACCAAUGGUUAUGGCUGCUGAGCCUGGAAAAUCAGGCAUAGAGUUAGAAAAUUCAAGUAAAUUAUCUGUCUAUACAAGGAGUAAAAGCCCCAAGAACAUAGAAAUUUUUGCGAAAUCAUUAUCUGCCGAAAUAAGGAAUGGUGUUAUGGCUCCACGAAAUAUAGCGAUAUCCGUUGAAACUAAUGAAACUAACGAACGUGGCGUGAAAAUGGAAUCGAAUUCAGCUAGCCCGAUGAAAGCGAUAGAUGGUUAUGGGGAAGAAAAGUUAUUUUCUCUUGAUAAUAACUCAAACAAUAAUGGUAACUCUGAUGUAUCUUCAUCACCCCAAGAGAAGUUAAUUUUGUUGCAUUCGAACCUUAUUGAGCGUCAGGAGCAGAUUAUAAGGAAAAAGGACAAAGAAAUACUUGAUUUGAAACAAGAAAAAGAACAGUUAGAAGCAAGAAUAAAACGCAUGGAACGAAGGAUGACUUUGAUGAUGCAUAAGAGUCAACUUGAUAAUGAUGAUGAUAAUGAACUAUCUCCUUUUUUCUCUCAUUCAAAGAACCGUAAAAGUCUGCAUAAAAGAAAACCAUCUCUAAGUGAUCUAAUGCGAAGAAAGAGUAUUCCAGUGGCAGCACCAGUUAUAAUUUCAUCUACGAUGCCACGAUCUGUCAAUAUGAAUAAGUGUCUAAAAACUGAGACAUUAUACAUGAGUAAAGAUUUAUCUUUGACUAAAGAUCAACAAUACGCAAAUGUAACUCCAAAAAAUGAUGAAACUUUUGGCUCAGACGAUGUACCAAUUCCUCAAUUUAGAAUAAUUGAAAGUUACGCAUCUUCUCAUCAAACAUGUGGAUCAUUAACAAGAUCCUCCGUUAAAGAAGAUAAAUGUGACGAUGCAACAGAUUAUGAGAACAUGGAUGACGAAACGUUCGGGAAAAGACACGCAAAACCUGAAGCUGACGAGAAAAGAAGGAAAAGAUGGGAUAUUCAACACUAUCGUGCUAGGAAACAACGCGAGGAACUCGAGGAAAAAUACAAACAACGAGAAGAAGCAAGGUUGAAAGGGAGAAAGAUCGCUUCAGAAAGAGAAGUAAAAUCACGCGAGGAGACGCUGCUACCUGAUUUUUUUCAAAUUGAUACAGUUGAAAUGUGCGAAACUGUUCCUGUGACUGCAUUUGGAGCGCCCAUCCAAACUUGUCCUAUAACAGAAUUUGAGCUUCCUUGGUUUGACGUCGACAAACGUGAAAGACAGGAAAGAGAGAAACUAAUACGAAGCAAAGCAAGAAAUAGGCGGAGAGCAGGGAGAAGAUAUUAUGACCACACAGGGACAUAACCAGUAGCUAUAACACGAGGACGAGAUCAGACGAAAUAAUGGUUAUUCUUGGACAGACCUUACACGUUCAAAAUUACUAAUAUGUUACGAUGAUGCUGAUACAACGAGAAUAUUGAGAAUUUUCCGUCGCUUUUCGACAAAUCAAGAACGAGAACAGACUUUGAAAUAUAAUGAAUAAAGAGCUUAAGCUUGAAUAAUGAGCUUAAUUAGAACAAGUGUAUUCUUGCUGCACACAUUGUGUUGCUAACAUUUAAAGAUUAAAUCACGCAAAUGCUACUCCAGCAAAAACGAAAUCAAUCUGCCAGUAGCUAAAUUAUACUGAAAUAAAGCAUGUUGAAAAGUCAUGACUGCCAAAAGUGUUUUGACGAAUCACGAAAAAAACGUAGCUAAUGGUCCAAUCCAGUUGUAAUGCUAAAAUUUAACGGGGGGGACAAUGAAAGAACUAAAAGUUUUAAAUAUACUCACCUAUAUUGACAUCUAUUAGAUCUGGUGAAGUAGUGACAUCUUCCAGGUUCACAAUGUACAUAACAAUCACUCCAUUUUCAUUCUUAAUUGGAGCUACCAGUAAAGAGCAUAAGAAAGCUGUUCCUGUUGUGGAUGAGAAAAAAGCGUAGUUAAUGACACGACAGCUUGACUAUAAUUUUGAUGUCUUGGUGUUUUUUUCUGACUUCAGUUCAAACGUGCGAAAUAUAAAUGGUCAAUUGACCACCGUAUCAUUCAA